UGUUCCCUCAAAUCAUCAUGUUCGCUGCAGCGACUUCCGCGGCAACCUCAUUUUUUGCUCGAACGAACAUUUCGCAAUCAUAUCAUAUUGGCUCUGCUCCUAGUUCUUUGUCCAAUGCUGGAAGUCGACCGUCCACACCUGCUCCUCAGAGUUCUGGUCCUUCUACCUCUACGUCCUCCGCGUCCUUCACACCAUCUAUCUACAUCGGCUUAUGGAAGGUUCAGGGAGCUACACACAAAAUAACAAACAAGAAAGUGUCUGUCUGGAGCUUUGAUAAGCGGGGACCAGAAAUGGAGCGGCUGCGGCCCUCAGCGAAGGAAAGAACUAUGGAAAUACUCAAAGCUGAGGCCGCAGCGCUCAGUCGAUUCAGGCAUCCAUCUAUAUUGGAAAUGGUUGAGCCGCCCGAAGAAACAAGGUCAGAGCUUAUAUUUGCUACGGAGCCUGUCAUAUCCUCCUUGGAACUCGCUAUACCGGGCUCAGGAAAACUGGCGUCGCUUGUGGAACUGGACGAAGUAGAGAUACAAAAAGGCAUACUUCAGAUCUGCAAAGGCCUUUCAUUCCUCCACUCUUCCGCGCAACUCAUACAUUCCCAUCUCUGUCCAGAGACUAUAAUGAUCAAUCGUGCUGGCGAUUGGAAAAUAUCUGGACUGGGGCUUACGAUACCACUUUUACAGCCAGAUGGUUCGGCGACGCGUUGGGAGUUUCCUAUGUUUGACGGAAGAAUACCAACUUACAUUCAGCGUUCGUUCGACUAUACUGCGCCCGAAUACGCUCUAGACGAAAUGCUAGUCACGGCUUCAGACAUGUAUUCUCUUGGAUGUGUCAUCUACGCUGUGCACUGCAAGGGCAAUCCUCCGUUCAAGACACAUGGCAGUCUUUCCGCUGUUAGAGAAAAUGCGGCUCGUCCAAUUGCUGGGAUGGAAAGAAUGGAACCAGAUCUACAAGAACUUCUACGAUCUCUCAUUACUAGAGAUCAUAAUGGAAGGCCGUCACCCUCGUCCUUACCCUCCGAUUCAUUCUUUUCAUCACUUCCUAUAUCAACGCUGAACUUCUUGGACCGUUCGAACUUCACUGCAAAAACGCGAGAAGAAAAGAUUUCAUUCAUGAAGGGUCUCACAAGCGUUCUUAGCAGGUUUUCGGAAGGGCUCAAAAGCAGGAAGAUUUUACCUUCUUUGUUAGAGGAGAUGAAAGACUCGCACUUAUUACCCUACAUCUUACCCAACGUUUUCGCCAUCUCUAAUGCCCUUUCAUCUUCGCAAUUCGCAUCCAUGGUACUUCCGAGUUUAACUCCGUUGUUUGCUGUCAAGGAGCCUCCCGCGAACAUGUUAACACUUCUAGAUAAUCUUCCCAUGUUACAAAGCAAAACCGAGAAAGUGGUCUUCAGAAGAGAGGUUUUACCGCUGGUUUACAAUGCUCUCGAGUCAGAUCAUGCAGUAGUUCAAGAGAAGGCGUUGAAAAUGAUUCCUGAUUUGUGUGAUGUCAUAGAUUAUGCGGAAUUGCAGGGCGUUCUAUUUCCCCGGGUCGCUCUUGUGUUUACGAAAACACGUAUUCUUACGGUCAAAGUCGCAACAUUGGUGACAUUUCUGGCUAUGGUGAAGACUCUUGAUCAAUCCAGCCUCACGCAGAAAAUGGUACCGUUGCUGUCGAAGAUACGUACCAAAGAGCCUGCUGUUAUGAUGGCAACAUUAUCUGUCCAAGAAGCCAUGGGAUCCAAGGUGGAUCGAGAAGCCGUAGCCACGCUCGUACUACCACAACUAUGGAACAUGUCAAUGGGCCCUUUACUAAAUGUCGGGCAGUUUCAGCGCUUCAUGGAAGUCAUCCGUAAAUUGGGCGACCGGGUGGAGAAAGAGCAUAACCAAUUCCUGCGUGAUUCCCAAAGACUCGAGGAUAGGUCAGCAGUAGCUGUAGACGGCGCAACUGUAACGCAAUCAUUCGUUGGGUCAAUGGAUUUUGAAAGUCUAGUCGGAGGUAAAAAUGGUGCAGUACAGACCAACGCUACAGGCGGGUCAGCUGGUUCUGCUGCUGGGAAAACCUCAUGGGAUGAUGAUGUAUGGGGAAGUAUUUUUAACGACACUUCUCCGAGCACCGGUCCAUCAGCACUUGCAGCACCAUUGUCUACAACCAUGUCGCCGGUACACUCACUUUCGUCUUCACUAAAACAACGUCUACCCGCUCAAUCGUUGAAGCUUGGAGGAUCUAGGCCCUUCCUUCCUUCUUCCAACUCGUUUAGUCCUCCCACGAAUCAGCGCAAUUUGGGUCUAGGUUUCGACUCUACUGUGACAUCCUCCAACACAACUAGUCCUUUCAUGGCGUCACUCCAGCCUUCUAACACAUUCUCCUCUCCAUCUCAACCAGUUCCGCCUCUCUCUGGUGGGCCGCAACCUCAGAGGCCCAACUAUGACAUAUUGUUGCCCAGUGUUACACCUGUGCAUAAUCCAUCACUAGCACUUUCUACGUCGGCCUCACCAAAACCUGCAAUGACUCCGACCUUGAUGCACAAUUCUCCAAUGAGUAGCAGUUUGCUUACUCCAUCAAAACCUGCUCAACCGUCGUGGAAAUCAUCCAACAAGCCAACCAAAGAUGACUGGGGUGAUUUUGACCCACUUUCAUGAUCCUGAUUUGUUAUCUUAUACGGAUGGAUACAAAUUUAAAAACUAU